AGCAGUUGUAAAUAAUUCACUUCAAAAACUCCGCAACCAGUGAGAACUUCAAUAGAAUCAACGUCAAACAACAGAUUUGAAAUAUGAUGAGUUUUUUAGUGCUGUUAGUUAUAACUUAUAGUUGCGCAAGAGCAGUAAUUAUAAACGCCGCUAUAGAACCCAAAUCUACUUCCGAAGAUGAUGAUGCUUUAACGUUAAAAUGUAACAAAAAACAAUACACAUACAUGGUGACCCAGUCAGACGAAAAUGGCAAACAGUGUUGGGAUAAAAUUUCUGUUAGCGCUUGCUGGGGUCGCUGUGAUUCUAAUGAGAUUUCCGAUUGGCGAUUUCCUUUCAAGAAAUCCAACCACCCCGUGUGUGUGCACCACGGCCGUACAAAGAUGUUCGUAUCAUUAAGAUUUUGUGAUGAAGGUGUCAAAGAAGGCACUAAUUAUUAUGAAUAUUUAGAUGCUACUGAUUGUAAAUGUCAAGUUUGUUCAUCAACCGAUACAAGUUGUGAAGGAUUAAGAUACCGACCUCCAAGAUCACAAAUCGAUAGCUUAGGAUUUGCAUAAGAAAAAUUUUCACCGAU